GUGGGGUCGAGUGGGGUGGCAAACGCACAGACGAGGUGGGCUUAUCAGACACGCCCCGUAGGUUUAGCCGCACCCAGUCGGCGAAUAAGCAAAUUUGCCAACGCAUCACUAACCACACAUCAAGACCUUCCAUUAUUGCUCUCCGUUCCUUUUCGUUCCGCUCGGCCAGCCCCAACUCGGACAGUCGGCUUGAAUAGCACGGCUCGUGCACUCGUCACAAAAUAUGGCGGCGCCCACGUCGACCCCGGCCCUCCUCCCCCCACCGGAGGACCGGCUCUACACGACCUUCCAGGACCUCCAUGAGGACAUCAAGGCCUGGGGUCGGGCCCAAGGCUACGCCAUGGGGCUCUACCGCCGGUACAAUCUUUCCUGCAGCAAGGGGGGUAAGGAGUAUCAGAAGAAGGGCGCCGGCUUGCGCCAGGGCAACUCGCACAAGACCGGUUGCCGGAUGCGCGUCAAGUGCAUCCAGAACCGCGCGUGGCCCUGGAACGACCGCUGGCACGUGCAAGUCCUCGAGGGCGCGCACAACCACGGGCCCUUCACCGGCGAGGCCGGCGAGGCCGUGCCGCCCCAGUUCCGCAAGCUCGAUCCUGAUGGCAUCAGGUGGCUGCUCAUCAUGCACCGGGAGGCCAAGUGCAACCUCCGCCAGCUGACCAUCGGGCUGCGCGUAUCUUUCGGAGACAAGUACCAGUUCGUCAAGAAGUCGGACGUCAGCAACAUGCUCGCCAAGAUCAAGCGCGGCGAGGAGAAGGAGAUCGCGAAUCGCCCGCCGGGGGCACCUCCUCUUCCGCCAGGGGCCAUGACGGCGUUCACUGCGGCGGUCCUGAACCCGGUCUCCACGCCGAGUCGGGCAGGGCCGCAGCCGCAGCAAGCUCUUCCCGACCUUUCCCAGUACGGCCCACCGCAGCACCCGCAGCACCCCCAACACUCCCCGCACCCACAGCACCCACAGCACGCUCAACACGCUCAACACCCGCAGCAUCCUCAGCCUCAGCACCCCCAGCCUCCGCACGCCCAUCCACAGCAAGCCGGAGCUCAGCAGUCGCCUCCCCAGCAACCCCAGCAACCCCAGCGCCAGAGGCAGUGGCAGACCCAGACUCCGGCCUCGAUGGCGCCACGCUACGGCCCGCCGCAGCCAGCGUAUCAGCCCCCACCGCCGCAUCCGCAGGGCCAAGCACCGCCGACGGCGGCGGGAGCACAGAACCAGCCGCCCGCGCCCAUCCCGGUGUCCGAGGAUUCGGACGACGGGGAGAACAACCAUGACGAGGAAUCUGAGGAGGAGUAACAUCGGGCGCUUUUUUUAUUUUAUUGCCCCCGUUUUCUUGUCUCUACCCCGUCUUCCCCCCUUUUCUCAUCGGGAUAAAAGUUUGAAAUUUGUGGGUGUUGAUGGGUACCUAGGUGUCCUAUCCCGGAUGGGGGAAUUCGGAUUUGCUCGUUUUAUCAGCAUUGGCGAUGGCCCACCCGACUCUUCUCAAGGCUUGUGCCUGAGCUGACGUAAACUUGGAGCUGGUAAUAUUUGCUGUCUCUCGGCUGGUGGUUAGAAGGAUUAGGCGGAGUUUGGGAUGGAUCUCAGCGUUAUUCUCGCGGAUGGGGCUGUUAUUCAGUGAAAAAAUAGAUUGCAGGAAGACAACAUGAUCCUCGCAAGACAUGGUCCAAUGCGGGUUACUGGGGAAAGCCGUUCAGUUUUGUUCGCAAAUCCUAUUCACCAAUUUUACUUACACCCGGUCGACAACUGA